CUUUAUCCCCCAAGUCAUUCGCACCCUCGCACGAGCUCCAAAUCUCCCCAUAAGGUUACCGCGAUUCUGUGUUGGGUCAAUGCAGGCAUAGACUGACUUCAUGCCGGCAGCAACGUCAGCGUCGCUGGAUUCGGCCGAUUACAAUCCCAUCGACCAUCUCAACUCCAUCUUCUCCCACCCCACCACCCUCUCCUCCGUCUCGUCCACCUCCGCCGCCCUCCGCAACUACCAAUAUGACCUGGACGAGGACAUCGCCGACGUCGUCGGAGCCCAGAGCACCUCCGACGCCGAGAGCGUGCGACACAUCAAGAACGCAAAGGCUGAGCUCGAUGUGCUCUUCAAGAAGAUUGAGGACGUCCGGGACCGCGCCGUCCACACGGAGCAGUCCAUCACGGAGAUGACCGCCGACAUCAAGCGAUUGGACAACACCAAGCGCAACCUGACCCUAUCAAUGACGGCGCUCAAGAGGCUACAGAUGUUGACGACGGCAUACGAGCAGCUCCGGGGGCUGAGCAAGGCGCGCCAGUACAGGGACUGCGCGCAGCUGUUGCAGGCCGUCAUCCAGCUCGUGGCGCAUUUCAAGAGCUACAGGUCCAUUGACCAGAUUGCGACGCUGAGCCGAAAUGUGGCGGAUCUACAAACGGGGCUCUUGGAACAAGUGUGCGAGGACUUUGAGGUUACGUUUGCGAAGAGCGAGGUUGCUCAGAAGAGGGGGAUGCUUGCGGAGGCCUGCCUGGUCAUGGACGCUCUGGGAGAGCAUGCGCGAUCAAGACUCGUUACCUGGUACUGCAACACUCAGCUGCGAGAAUACCGGCAGGUGUUCCGCGGAAACGAUGAGGCUGGCUCCCUGGAUAACAUUUCCCGGCGAUACUCCUGGUUCAACCGGAUGCUCAAGACCUAUGACAGCGAACAUGCGGCCCUGUUUCCGUCUUCCUGGAGGGUCAACGAGGUGCUGGCAAACGCAUUCUGCGAGGGCACUAGAGAGGACUUUAAGGGCAUUUUGCAGCGCUCGACGAGGACACCAGGUCAGACCAUUGACGUCAAUCUUUUGCUUUCAUGUCUCCAGGAAACGCUUGACUUUGAGCACAGCAUUGAGCGGCGGUUCAACAACAACGAAUCGCGGUCGUCGAUGGAUACUGUGGUUUCAAAAGACGAGAGGAGCACUACAACCUUCACACAGGCCAUCUCCGAGGCAUUCGAGCCGUACAUGAGUCUUUGGAUCGAAUCGCAGGACAAGCAGCUAGCCGCUUUGAUACCCAAGUAUAGACAGCAACCACUCCGCAACCCCGACGAAGAAUUCUCGCCGCAAUCCGUAAUACCUUCAUCCACCGAGCUUUUCCACUUUUACCGCCAGACAUUAUCUCAGUGCGCCAAGUUGUCCACUGGCGUACGGUUGCUAGAGCUUUCGAAGACAUUUUCUAGGUACCUGGAGCUAUACGGGCAGCAAGUACUGUUUUACUUCCUUGGAGGCCGGACGGGAAUGCAGGAGCCGCCUAUCGAAGACAUCAUCCUUAUUUUGAACACCGCCGAUUAUUGCUACGUAACCUGCGACCAGCUCGAGCAGAAGAUCAAAAGUCGGAUAGACGAGGAAUACAAGCCGGCCGUGGAUCUGCAGAGCCAGGCAGAUGCGUUCAUGGGCAUCGCGAGCGCAAGCGUGCGCGCACUCGUGCGCAAAGUAGAGCUUGAUUGCGAGCCCGGGUGGCGCGAGAUGCGCAACACGCCGUGGAGCAAGCUGGAAAGCGUGGGCGACCAGUCGGGCUACGUGGGCGAGCUGCUGCGGCACGUCAAGGAGCGCGCGGCGGAGAUUCUCAAGUACCUGCACAAGCAGCAGUACGCGCGGGCGUUCUGCGACCACCUUGUCGACGCCAUGGUCAGCACGUACAUCCUGAGCAUUGUGCAGUGCAAGCCCGUGUCGGAGGUGGGCGCCGAGCAGAUGCUUCUGGACUCGUACGUGCUGAAGAAGGGGUUCACGGAGCUGUCGACCAUCAACGAAGAAACGCCGUCUCAGGCACCCGCCGCCUUCGUCAAGCGCGUCAACACGGCCAUGUCCAAGCUCGACCCCCUCCUCAAGACGCUGCAAGUGCGGCCCUCGCCGCCCGAGGCCCUCGUCCAAGCCUACCUCAUCCACAUUUCAGACCGCUCCGACACAAACUUCCGCAAGAUCCUCGACCUCAAGGGCAUCCGCAAGGCGGAGCAGGCGGCGCUGGUGGACCUGUUCGCCGCGCACCGCGCCUCGGCCGCCAACGCCAACUUGCCGGCGAACUCGCCGCUGCUGACGCCGCUGCAGAUCAGCAGCGGGGGGAUUGGCGGCGGGGCGGGCGCGUUAGGCUCGAGUGCUGGUAUGGGAAUGGGCAUGGGCAUGGGCAUGGGCAUGGGCAUGGGCAUUGGUGCGGCAGGGGGAGGACGUUUCGACCCCUCGACGUUUGCGUCCGGCCUGAUGAGCGCGGCCAAGGACGGCGUGGACCGCUUUGGCAGCGCGAGCCCCGCGUUAGGGGGUGGUGGUGCGGCGGGAGCGGGGGCGGGCCAGGGCCAGGGCGAGGGCGUCGGCGGCGUGGCGGUUACGACGGCGAAUUUGAAUGAGAAUUUGAAGAGUAUUGGCAAGUUUUUUAGGAGGGACGUUGGUGGGUUUGGGAGAUUUGGGAGGGGUGGCGAUGGGUAGUAGGGCAGUGGGGUUGGGAGGUGGGAGGUCGGUGAGAGAGGCGUGGGUGGGGGAGGAGAGGCGACAAUUAAUACCAUUGGUACUUACAGUGUGGUUGUUUAGUUGAUUGAUUGGUUCUGAUGAUUGUGUGGUGCGAGUGUGAGUGUGAGUGUAGUUUGGAUUGAGGUGGUGGUGAGUAUGAGUAUAAAGGACAGAGAGGUG